AGCCCAGGAGAGGUGUGGAAGGGGAGCCAGGAGGCCCCCUCUGGAGCAGCCAGAGGUGACCCAGAGAUCCAACCUGACCAAGCUAAUCCUGGAUCCCGCAUGCCAGCCAGAGCUGACCCUGAGCCUCGGGCUCGCCAAGCUGACCCUGGAUUCCACAUGCCAUCCAGAGACGACCCUCAGACCUGGCCCGUCUGAACUCGCCCGGAAUCAUGAACACUGGGCAGCGGAGACCCCAGCUCCCAACCUUGCUGAGUUGACCCUGGAGCCUGUGCACUACCGACCUGAGCUCUUGGACGCUUGUGCUGAUCUCAUCAAUGAGCAGUGGCCCCGCAGCCGCGCCUCCCGCCUGCACUCCCUGGGCCAGUCCUCUGAUGCCUUCCCCCUCUGCCUGAUGUUGCUGAGCACCCCACACACACCCGAGGCAGCCCCCAUCGUGGUGGGCCAUGCCCGCCUGUCCCGAGUGCUAGACCAGCCUCAGAGCCUCUUAGUGGAGACAGUGGUGGUGGCCCGGGCCCUGAGGGGUCGUGGCUUUGGCCGCCGCCUCAUGGAGGGCCUGGAGGUCUUUGCCCGGGCCCGGGGUUUCCGCCGGCUGCACCUCACCACCCACGACCAGCUGCACUUCUACAGCCACCUUGGCUACCAGCUGGGCGAGCCCGUGCAGGGCCAGGUCUUCACCAGCCGAAAGCUGCCCGCCAGCCUGCUUGGUGCCUUCCCCAGGGCCUCCUCUUCCCAGCCACCCUGCAAACCCCCAAGCCUGACUGCCCAAGCCACCCCAGUGGGCUCCAAGGGGCCCCCGUUGCCACCACCACCUCCCUUGCUUCAGCCCCUGACCACCUCACCCCCACUCCCAGCAGGGGCCUCUCCCCAAAGCCUGCUAGAAACACAGUAUCGAGACCUGAGGGGACGCCCCAUAUUCUGGAUGGAGAAAGACAUCUGAGGGCCACCCAGGACAAGGCACUGUCUUUCUGGGCCAGUGGACUGCCCAGGACAGUACUGGCUUCAGCCCACUGGCCAGACCUCGGCCCCUAGCCCCCGGAGGCCGGCUUUAGCUGGGCAUGUUUCCUGUGGGGCCAAGGGGUGGCUCUGUAGCCCUGCUCAGAGUCAUCCGUGUGGCUGAAUAAAGGCUUCUGUUGGGUGUG